GGAAGCUAAGGCAGGAGAAACACCGAAUGACUUACCCUUACCUCACAAAAAGCAGACUGAAUCAGAAAUGUUUUGCAUUAUACAGGAGGAUAUUACAGCAGUCACAAAAGAGGGAAACUUGCUUUUGAGCAGUUUUGAAGAGCCUGACUCUGGGGAAUGCCAUCAGGACCAACACCGCGAGAGGCCUGGGGACUGGGAGACCGUGAAUCGGUUGCUUGGUCAGCUGCAUGAGAUGGAGACUGCUUUUGAUGGCUUCUGGGAAAAACAUCAGUUAAAAAUGGAGCAAUAUUUACAACUGUGGAAGUUUGAGCAAAGUUUUCAAGAGGUCAAGAAUGCCAUUGAAUUUUUAAUGGGUCAGCAAGCGGAGCUGCCCAACACUGGCAACAGCGUCCCCCAAGUAAAGCAGAGGCUCAAGGACUUGGGUCAUUUUGAUGGUAUGGCUCAGGAUCUGAUAGGGAAGGCUCAGGUGGUGAUACUACACGGACACCAGCUAGCAGCAAAUCAUCACUACGCUCUCAACUUAAUCUGCCAGCAAUGCAAUGAGCUGCGGCACCAUUCUGAUGUCUUGUCUGAUGAGAUCAAAAGGAAGCAGAUGCGACUGCAGAAGACCUUGGAUCUUCCUACCCGCCUUCAGCAGGCUCUGCAGUGCUGUGAUGAAGGUGCCUACCUGCUCGCCAACCAGCCGAUGGAUAAGUGCCAGUCUAAAGAAGGCGCUCAGAAAGCUCUCCAGGACAUAGAAAGAUUUCUUGAAAGCUCUUCAGCCUACUUAAACUAUGAUCCCCAAGCCCUACACUGCGAUUUUGAGUCGGUCUUAACAUCUGAACUGAAGUGCCAGAUACAGUCAGUGCAGGUCAAGCUUGAAAAUGUUCGAAGCAUGUUUGAGAAUCGUCAGUCUUGCUUCAAGAAGCUGUUGGAUAAACAUGUGCGGCCCGUGCAGUUAGUAGCCCCUCGGCCAGAAAAUCCACCGAGAUCAAAAUCACCAUUAUUCUCUCCUAAACAUG